CGCACUUUGACCUUAGUCGGCAUUUCAGUGGUUGAGGUGGGGCUUGGCCAGAACUUGAUCUUCAGCAAUCAUGACGACGACGCAGGGCGCCCUCGCUGUGCAGGACUUGACGACGCUGGACGUCAAGACCUUGACGCCUCUGACGCCGGAAGUGAUCUCUCGUCAAGCGACCAUCAACGUUGGUACCAUCGGCCACGUCGCCCACGGGAAAUCCACGGUCGUCAAGGCGAUUUCGGGCGUCCAAACCGUCCGAUUCAAGAACGAAUUGGAACGUAACAUCACGAUCAAGCUCGGGUACGCAAAUGCCAAGAUCUACCGAUCGGAACCACAGACACCCAAGCCAGUGUCGUCGGAAGACGGCGUCGUGGCGACGGCCGCCCCUGCCGGCCCCAUGUACACUGCGUUUGGCAGUUCCAAGCCCGACAGAUUCACGGACGACAAGGGUGUGACGUGGGUCCUUCAGCGCCACGUCAGUUUUGUGGAUUGUCCCGGCCACGAUAUCCUCAUGGCGACGAUGUUGAACGGUGCCGCUGUCAUGGAUGCUGCGCUGCUGUUGAUUGCAGGGAACGAAGUGUGCCCGCAGCCGCAGACGUCCGAGCAUUUGGCCUCAGUGGAAAUCAUGCGCUUGCAAAACAUCAUUAUCCUCCAGAACAAGGUGGAUCUGAUCAAACCAGACGCCGCCAAGGCCCAGUACGAGCAGGUGAAGCAGUUUGUGGCCGGCACCGUGGCCGCGAACGCGCCGAUCAUUCCGAUCUCGGCCGUACUCAAGUACAACAUCGACUUGGUGUGCGAACACAUUGUGCGCAACAUCCCCAUCCCCCUCCGUGACUUCACGAGCAAGCCCAAGCUGAUUGUGAUCCGGUCGUUUGACGUCAACAAGCCCGGCCAGGACGUCGAGUCCCUCGAAGGCGGCGUCGCCGGCGGCUCCAUCUUGCAAGGGGUGCUUCGCCUAGGCGAUGAGAUCGAGGUGCGCCCUGGCAUCUUCUCCAAGGACGACGACGGCAAGGUCAACUGCACGCCCAUCUUCAGCCGCAUCGUGUCGUUGAAGGCCGAGAAGAACGACCUGCAGUACGCCGUGCCCGGUGGUCUCAUCGGGGUCGGCACACUCAUCGACCCGACGCUCACUCGUUCCGAUCGUUUGGUCGGCCAAGUGCUGGGGCUCAAGGGCUGUUUGCCCGACGUGUUCACAGAGCUCGAGAUCAACUUUUACCUUCUCCGGCGUCUUCUCGGCGUCAAAACGACGGAAGGGUCCAAGGGCUUGCGUGUGGAGAAGCUAACCAAGACCGAAGUGCUCAUGAUCAACAUCGGGUCGACUACGAGCGGCGCCAAGAUUUUGGCGAUGAGGGCAGAUCUGGCCAAGAUCGUGCUGACCCAGCCCGUGUGCACACAAGAAGGCGAGAAGAUCGCGUUGAGUCGUCGGAUCGAUAAGCAUUGGCGGCUGAUUGGGUGGGGUGAGAUUCGGCGCGGCAUCAAGAUUCACAUUGCCUGAGCCAUGCCACCACCAGUAGUAGCCAUAGAGCACGCACACAUAACAUACACCGUAAUCGAAUGUUCAGUUUAGACAGUCA